UCGGCGCGCACACAACAUCCCGGCGCAGCGGCCGAUACGCCGGGCGAAGUUCGCGCCGCCGGUAACGCGGCAGCAGCAGCAGCAGCUGAGAGAGAGACUCGCCUCCGGGAACACCGUCCAGAGACCCCUACUCCACCGGGUCCCGCGUAGGGCCGGCACGUCGGACUGCCGUCGCGUCUUCAGGGGCCAUCGCCGGUCGCCCGUCGACGGAGUCUGCGAGCGACGACGGGUCGCCGAGACCGCCAGCUGUCGCGGUGAGAGAAGACAAGCAGCAGAAGAAGCGCAAGAGGUUUCCUUCGAGUCUCGCGACGCCGGUGAUCGGCGCCAUGUUGGCCGGGCGGCUGGGCGGAUCGAUGGCCGGAGACCGGCCGUCGCGUUCGUCGCCGCAGCAGCGGCAGCCCGGGCCGUGCCGGAGCGUGCGACGACGCCGGGCGUGGUUUGCCGUCCCGCGCCGCUGACCGAAGGUGGGGGUGGGGGGCCCUCUCGGUUCGUCGCGAUAGCGCAAGGGCUCGCGCCGAAGAGGAUGAACGAAACGGCGCUGUGUCGCGCGGCGGCCAACGGCUCGGCCAGUCCGCGGGCCCUGUCCUCGCUCGUGCCGGUCAACUGCAGCGCGCCGGCCACGGUGGCCGAGGAGCCGUUCUUCACCAGCCACCCGGAGUUCGUGGUCGAGUUCUCCAAGCUCCUCUACGGCCUCGUCUGCCUCGUCGGGCUGUGCGGCAACUCGCUGGUCAUCUAUGUGGUGCUGCGCUUCUCCAAGAUGCAGACGGUGACCAACAUGUACAUCUUCAACCUCGCGCUGGCCGACGAGAUGUUCCUGGUCGGGCUGCCCUUCUUCAUCGCCACCAUGGUGUUCAAGUACUGGCCGUUCGGCGCCGCCAUGUGCAAGGUGUACAUGACCACCACGUCCAUCAACCAGUUCACCUCGAGCCUGCUGCUGACCGUGAUGUCGGCGGACCGCUACGUGGCCGUGUGCCACCCGAUCUCGUCGCCGCGCUACCGGACGCCGUUCAUCGCCAAGUUCGUCUGCCUGACGGCGUGGACAGUGUCCGCGCUGCUCAUGGUGCCCGUGUACAUGUACGCGAGCGUGGUGGACGCCGGCACCGUCAAGUCCUGCACCAUCGUGUGGCCCGAGUCGGGCAUGAUGAACGGUCAGGCGGCGUUCACGCUCUACUCGUUCACGCUGGGCUUCGCCAUCCCGCUGCUGCUGAUCCUGUUGUUCUACGUGCUCGUGAUCCUGCGCCUGAGUCGCGUCGGGCCGCGGUCGCGGCACCGCGCGAAGCACCGCAAGGUCACCUACCUCGUGCUCACCGUCAUCACCGUGUACGUCAUCUGCUGGCUGCCGUACUGGGCCGGACAGCUGUACAUCAGCUGCCUGGGCGCCGCGCAGGCCACCGCGUUCACGGUCACCGUGUUCCUGCUCAGCCAGCUCCUGUCGUACGCCAACUCGGCCGUCAAUCCCAUCCUGUACGCCUUCCUCAGCGACAACUUCAAGAAGUCCUUCGCCAAGGCGUUCUCCUGCGCCGCGGUCGCGGCGGCACACGGUUCCGGUCGCGGCCGGGAACAGCCGCAGGAGGACAGUAUGUUCCCGCGCUCCUCGGCGGCUCCCGGAGGUGGAGGCACCGGAAACACCCAGACGGGGGCCAGCAAAUGCGGCGACGACGACGGCAGCAGCCGGCGCUCGUCCGAGGGCGGCGGCGGAGGAGGGCGCCGGAGGCGGCGUCGCAGGCGGCGCCUCCUGUCGGCCGGACCAUGCUGCAGCGAGAGGCCCACGAGCACGACGACGGCGGGCGCCGCGGCGAUGCUGCUCAACGAGCCGUCGACUAACAACACGGUGGCCGGCGCGAGGAACGCCAACGGCGCCGGCCAGGGGGCGUCCGGAGCAGGGAGCAUCCUGCUGGAACAGGGUGAACAAGGAGCCGAGCACCUGCUACUGGGUCCGCUGGUCGACGUGCCCCACUAAGACGAGAUCCCGACCCCAUCCGUCCCCUUUCACUUGAAAGUCACGAAUCGGCGCACCAUCACGUGACUCGUGGCUGAGAAACGCGCCCACUCCUUCAAGAAGAGCGACACCUCAACUCCUACAACUCGACGUUGGCGUCACACACAAAACAAAAAACCAAUCCUCGCCUCCAAGCUGCCGCGAGGCGACCAUGUCGUGUCGACCCGAAACGAUGGACCCUCGCCUCCUCUCUCGACCCGACACGCUGCUCAAACACAGACGGAGAGCUCAACGCGACCACGACAGCGACCAAGCAAAACUGAAACACGCCUGCGCAGUACACGGAGACCGCACUUGCGCGAAGAAAUGGCGAACAACUGUCGCUUUGGAACUUUCUUUUUUGUGUGUGUGUUUGUACAGAACGGCGCCUUGGCUUCUUGAGUCGACACGCCGGUUAGGCCUAUAGCUGUGUAGCGCCGCGGCAGACGACGGCGUUGAAGCGGCGUCCGAAAACCACGUGAUCUGUGAAGUGACGACCCCACUCAGCGACCGGAGUGUCUUCGACGCGCCAAAUUGGGCUCAGGGUUUCGUGAAUCGUAAGACAGUGCUGCGUUGUUUUUUUUUCGUUUUUUUUUAUCAGCAUGCAACGCAGCGUGGUCCCCUUCCGAACAGUGGGUGCCGUGUCCCCGUGUACCUCAGGACGGGUCACGAGCAGACUACGGUGGACGGCCCACGGUGUACAAGCAAGAGGCAAUCGCCUUCAACGCAGCUACACCCUUUUCUUUCUCGGAUGUGUCUAUAUAUGGCUCGAAGGCUAGUGUCUUUCAGCUUUGAGGCCGUGGUUAAGACGACGGGGCUGCGACCCACCGUCGCGCCCUGCAAGCUCACGAGCAUCGCGCGUGCUACUGUAGACAGACCUGAGCGAUAUAGGCUUUCUUUACUUGUCUUGGAGAGCAGCGAUGCGUAUACCUGAGACAAAACUGCGCCAAUCCACUUCUUCGACGACUUCCGCCGCGACGAUCGCAAUCUCGUAGCUUUCUUUUUCUUUCUGUUUCGCGAUUCGCGAGGAAAGCAACGUUGGUCCACAGUAUUACUUACACAUGCCUCGGGCUUUCCUCUCUAGCAGAAUGCCGCGUCGUUGUAGCGUUUGCCGCUUUUCUCUUUUUUUUUUUUACGCCUGUUCACUUUCCACGACGACAAAACUUGCAGAUUCUCUGUACAUAGUUGACACCGUUUUUACUCGCACUACGCGUUGUUCUUUUGUACAUAACCCUGUACUGGCUUUCUCUCUUUUCUUUCUUUUUCUUUUUUUGGUCUCGUAACUCUCCUUCGCGGUACGAGCGCUGUCCUUACCUGAACCACGGCCUUUUUUUUUUUUUUUUAUCCAGCGGCCGUGACUGGACGAUCGCGCGUGAUGUCUGUUCUACGCGGAAACGGAAGGUCCUUCAGAGUUCUCCGCCACCCCACCACCCCACCACCCCACCACCCCACGACGCGAUAUACAGCCGUUUGUCCGUGGCGUUCCGUUUCGUAUUUUUCUCUUUUUUCUUUCCGGUGAGAUGUGCGUCACAGUGCAUGUGUUUGUGUGUCCCGAAAUGUGUUGUCGACUCCUGAGAAAUCUCUUAAUCACGGUCUCAAAGUCUCGCCGACAAGUCGUGAGGACGACGCUGGCAGUCGUACGUAUACGCUGAAGGAACUGAGGCGUCGUCACAGCAGUCGGGUCGCCAUUGUUGCGGCCAUUUUGGUGCCACUUGCUUUUCUCUUUCUCUCUCUCUAUCUAUCUAUAUCUCUCGCUCUCGCUUUUGAACCAAAGACCAAUCUGCGCGGUUCACGCGUUGGUACGCCGUAGAAGGCGCUUCGUAACAAAAAACACGUGAUAGUGGGUGUGGCUAUUCCUUCUAGAAUUGUGAUCGUGUGUGAACAGUUUUCGCCAUUGGGGCACCUGAGAGUUGUUAUCGCUCUUUUUUUUUUUUGCUUCUCCUUCUUCUUUGUAUGUGUGUGUGUGUGUGAGUCCUUUUCAGUCUCUGCACCAAGCCACUGCGACAGGUUGAUUCGUCGUAUUCGUGCGGAAAGUGUCGCAACCGCAUUGUUCCGCUUAUUUCGUUGCUCGGAGUUUCUCUCUCUCUCUCUCUUCUUUUUUUUUACGUCUGAUUGCGAGUGUGACUGCCCGUUACGUGCCCGUUAAAUGUGCGACCGUGUCCUCUCGUUGAAAACGUGUGUGUCGCCUGUAGAACGACAUGCACGUUGGGGAUUGGCCCCUCGGCACAUUUGCGCCCAAGAGCGGGGCAGGCGUUCGAGUGUGUUGACGUUGCCCGUGUUUUUUUUUUUUUUUACUUUCCUUGUUGUCAGUCGAACGGGUACGUACGCAAACACACACACAGACACACACGUACAAACACACACACACACACACACACACACACACAUACACAUAUGUAUAUCACGGUUUCAAAGCCUCGUCGACAAAUCGGGAGGACGACGCUGGAAGUCGCACGGGCCAACGGCUUAAAAAGAACUGAGGCGUUGUCACAGCAGCCAGGUCGCCAUUGUCGCGGCCAUCUUACACUCAACACUGAACGUUUCAUGUUCUACCUCCCAUUCAGUGAUGUGGGAAGAAAAGAAACAGCUGUUUUUCCUUCCCCCUACUUCUUCUUCUAGCGCUGCUACUGUACCACAAUUGUCUUCGGCGAUUCUAGCGAACGCCAGAACGCCCCGUCAAGACGCCGUGAAUGAGCUAGCCGAGCGAGCGUGUCUGUGUGUGUGUGCGGCACGCGCGGUGCGUCCCCGGCGUCACGUGGUGCGUCCCUAGUGUCACGUGGUGCGUCCCUAGUGUCACGUGGUGCGUCCCUAGUGUCACGUGGUGCUUCGAGAGAGAGCGUGUCUCGCGCGUCUUGUUCCUCGCGUACCGUGCGCCCUUGCAAGAAAAAAAGAAAGUGGCAUCUUUUACUUUUAAAAAAAGAGUAGAUUAAAUGAAACAGAAACUCAACAGAAAGACAACUGAUUUUCUUUUAUGCUAACUUCUGUCAGGGCGUGCAAGUGUCACCGUAUUUCUCCCAUACCUAAUGGUUUCGAUGCUAGCAAUUGUAUUAUUUCAUCAGUACUCUGGCACAAUUACUGUACCCGCUGGCACACACUGAUAGUCGCAGGAGCUGCGGUUUUAGAAAUGAAGGUGUUGCACCUCUACAGUGGAGAAGACAGGUGCAAUUCGUUGUCAGGCUGUAGAACGGAGAGUCGUUUCACGUUUCGCAGGCCGCGCUUGAGCUAAAGCUCGUGUCAACGACAAUGAAUUUACACAGUCCGUAGACUUUUCCAUCGACUUCGAGGAAGGUUUACUUCACCAUCUUAUAACACUCGUUCUUUUGGUGACACAAAAUAUUCAGGGUGUCGCGAAAGUCAUUAGCAAGCUCAUCUUAUAUUGCGCCGCUGUGAAUACGAAGCGACAGAGCAUCACGUCGUCGGCACCCGACGAGUCGAUGACACUGAUUAUUAUUAUUAUUAUUAUUAUUAUUAUUAUUAUUAUUAUUAUUAUUAUUAUUAUUAUUAUUAUUAUUUUGUGCAGUAGUCGUUAUGCCGAGGACACUCGUUCGGCGUUGAUGCCGAUGGCGACCAGACCACGGAAAGAACGUAAAACGGAGAUCGUCGCAAAGUUUGAGUGCAAUCACAGUCCCGUGCGCGACUUGUGUUUCGUUGUAAGUCCAUUACAAAAUGGAGCCCGAACCUGGUCAAUCAACAUGUCCGCGACACAAAGUUAGCAUUUUCUUUAACGCCACUAUCAUCGUACCAACAAACAGGUUACGCGUAUUGUGAUAGUGCGAAGGAGGCCACAGAUCUUGUAGACAUGCCCGUCGAGUUAGAGACCACAGUUAAUAUAGCACUUUCUUCACGCUGAGCUCUCUCACGGUGUCAUAGUCUACGACACGCUGCGAGACUUAUAACUGUUACUCAGGGCACGAGCUACGAUUAGCGUUAAACGUGCCCCAGGAGUGUGCGAGUCUCUUUGCGCGAGCCGUAAGAAAUUGACGGACAGGGUAUAAUCACGUAUACCGUGGCAUCCGAGAUUAUGGACGCCCUGUCCUGUCCGAUCUCGGAUGCCGUGCUUGUUUACACUGAAGGCGAGCGAGCCUCGCCUUAUGCAUAUUAUACCUGCAUACUUUACAAUCGCACUUUUAUCCCUACGUAGGCGCUCGUCCAUGGUGCUUGGCUAAACAGGGUUUCGCGCCUCCUGUAGGUAUCGCUCUUUCAGACAAAGUCUGCACCUCGUUAAAACAGUCACGCCUUGCGACGUACAACUCGUUAUAACGCAUGAUACCCAAGAGCGUCUUCAUCAUCAUUCUACCGAUAGCUUGAUUACGGCGCGCUACACACUGAACAGGUGCUUUAACUUUACUAUUAGCUUUCCUCACAUAUAUGUAAUGGUGUUCCGCUAAAUCUUAUCGUAUCGGAUAACCUCAUUUGCAUGGCAGUAAUUCGGGCGUGUUGCACGUGAUAACUCGAUAACAUUAACACACGCUCGUGUCUCCCUUUGGGGACCCCUCGCCGUUGAUUUACGAAGCACAAACUGAGGUGAUGAAGCUAUCACCUAUUCAAACUGAGGUGAUAAAGAGAUUAUAUUGUAGAGCGAGUCUACAAGUGUUAAGCCAAUUCGCAGUCAGUUCGACGAGGCUCGAAAAGCGAAAUUUACGUGUUAAACGGUAUGGGUCCGCACGUCUAGUCCAGCAGGUGAAGUCGACUUGGAGUCUAGCUGACAAGACCCGUAAAGCAAAAGAAAAACUCCAGCUAAACGGGUCGAAUUCACACAGGCAGUCCAAUAUGUCAGCUCUGUCCUGCAAAUGCUCGAAAAAAAAAAAACUCAACUCGCAAACGUUGCAAUCCACAGAGGGAGUCGAAGAGGUUAAAUCCGAGUCGAAGCCGACUCGGAGUCAAGUCGCAUCGAAGUCAAUGCGACAUGGCCAGGCUUCAGUUCAAGCCGAUAACAGCGCAUCUCGACAAAAAUCUCCCAGAGUUCGGCAACGCACGGCGUGUCCCACAGCAGUUAUUUUGCCAAUCACCAGAAAGUAGUUCCGAGUUCCUACGGAAUUACUGCCUCGUACGUUCCACAAGACUGCGAGCUACUGUUGUGUAGAUGUAUGGACUCUCGCUUAAGACAAGCCCCUCCUCCUCAAGGUGCUAUAAAUGUGUCAUCCGAUGCCGGCUCUCUCUCGAAGCACCACGUCCUGCUUAUCUCUAUUUUUUUUCUGUGUUGUGCCUGAUAGUGCGGUGCAUUAACUACACCGCAACGUCGUGUCCUGGUCAUGACUGCGCAAGGCGACUGUACCGAAUCGCACAUCAAGGAACUUUCAGAAAAACAACAACAACAACAGAUGAGUCAUGAGGUGCCAAAGGCGUGUACAUUUAAUCGAGGUAUUAAUAGGAAGCGUUAGCUCGGGGCCCUACUCCCAUUUUUUCUCGAUUCGCUUGCACGUGAAACGCAGGAAUGCUCUCGACAGACAGCUAACGAACCGAUUUCAAUGAAAUUUACUUCAUUUAGGAGCUAAAGCUGAAUUAUCAGGACGAUCUAUAGCAAGUGGAACUUUGAUUUAGAGACGGAUAUAAAGCGUGUGGAUAAUUUGUGAAAACGACUUGCCCAAAACUCGCGCAAACGAAGUUACGGUUCCAAGUUACGACUCGUAUAUGUGGACGAAAAACAUUUGUCGGCUUCUGACGUAACAGUGAAUGUGGUUUACGGAACUGGGAUACUUGUUUUCGUAGCGGAGUGCUGGAAAUAGAUAUUAGAAGCCGGAAUGUCUUCCUUUUCUAUGUUCAAAAUUUGUUUCAGUAUUAUUCUAAAUACGACGUCUACUUUCAUAGGUUACUAUUACGAAUUUUUCUUUUUUUUUUUCAUUUUAGUACAAUAAAUUUCACUCGAAUCUCUUCAGCGGUUCCCUAAUCAAUAUUUCUGCUUUUGCCAUGUCCUUUAACGGUCAAAUGGGACUUGGGGUUGAGCUAAAUAAGAGACUAGGUUUAUGACGCGUAUGUUUAUCUCUUGACUAUUAUUGAAGUAAUAAAUAUGACAAAUUAUAUGUUACAAUAGUUAUCAACCUCGAGGCCAAGUGACCAUGUUGAUUUCAUGGCCGCUUAUUGAUGCCACAAAACAAAAACUGCGGCAUUUUGCCCAAAUUUUCACCAAUAGGGUGUCGAUAUGUCGCACACAAAUACACAGAAGUUAUAUCCAGGCCAUACUAUAUACCUCAUUCCGAAAGAAAUAUUUCGAUUGAUUGUCUGUAAGUGCACUCGUGUUGCUUCGGACAAAAUAAUCGUCCAAUAACGCAUGUGAAAAAUCUCAUAAUGCACCAUUCGAAUGAAUUUUACGCUGAUUUUCAAAAAAAUAAACUAGGAACAACAUCGCGAGCAUCUCGAAACGCUGCAGCAGAAGAAGAAGCUGAACUGCUCACGAAUCACUGUUCGCUGUUUAAUGCGCCUCCCUCACUCCCUGUCCCCCCUUGAACAACUGGCUACUUAAACGACAAAGUUUAUCCCAACAGGCCAGGUUUAAGAUCAGUUCCCGUGUUGGUCAGAAUCCCUCGGCGAUCAACCGAAACUGACCAUACCUAAAAUUGCGUUCUAUAAGGUUUGCAGUUACUGCCAUCAAUUUAUACUCGCAUAAAUUUAAAAAUCUUAUUCUCGCUCGCUUAACUGCGGAAACGCUUGCUCAUGUGGGGAAGAAAAUGGAGGGUCCCGUCCCGAAUACGCGCACUUCAAGAAAAAAGGGAGUCCUGAGAACUCCUUUCGUGGGUUCAUCUGUACGUCUCACAUUUAACACUAUUUCCAAAACUUUGCACACUUCGCUGUUGAGCACAGUCAUUCCACUGAUGCGAGUUCAUCGUGUUUGGCUCAGACCGAGUAAAGAGACUCCCUAAGAGAGUUUAGAACUACGGAAAAAAGAGUUAACGUUACACACUAAGAAGGAGUCACACUCACUUCAUUUCUACUAUCUUCCACUAAGCAUGAAAAUAAGCGGGAUAAUAGCAAUGGGAGAAUAACAUACCCGCCUUCUGUUCCUGUAUCAGCGUGAUCUUCACAUGAGUAUCUUACGCCGAAGUCCAGUGGCCACGAACUUAGCGCGUACCAAGUCAUCUUGUCGUAUUUACCAACAUAAAAAAAGGUGUUGUUUUUCUUUCUUUCUUUUUUUUUCUUAUAUAGGCGGCAUCCUCAUGACUCGUCUGACUACGAUGGCUUAGCUCCCAGAAUAUUUUUGCCGCGUAGUAUGCCCGGAAAGUGUGUCGUGACAACAGUGAGAGAAGUGUCGAUGUCACAUGUGUGUGUUUUUUGUAUGAACAGAGCUAAGAAAUCGGCUUGGCUCGACUUUCAGCCAUCCGGUGUGCGUGACCGAAGCGCUUCGUCUGUUGCUGUUACGCGCACGAAGGUGGGACAAAUAGCCAUUGCGCACUUCCUCCGAGAUCAUCGACGGGCUCUCUGGAGAUCUCGGAGCCUACGUUUUUGAGAGAAGUAAUAUAACGGAAAUUAGCAAACGGGAGGGGGAAAGAAUAAAAUGGAAAGGUACCAACGGCCCGACAGUAGCGUAAAGCUGUAAAGGAAACAUUGCAGAGAAGAGAUUGCAGUUGAAGCUCAAUUAUUCCUGCUCCUGUAAUGGAACCCAUCACCAUUGCCUUACCGAGGUACUCGCCGUGCUAACCAACCUAACCCCGAUGCUAGCGGACAACCGUGCAAACAUGAGUUAAUCGACAGCACUUUCUUUGUGCUUCGGCAACCCGCAUUAGUUUUAUUUGCAGCUUCUUGUGUUGUUUUCUUUUUUUUCCUUUUUUCCUCCUUCGUGACCACCGUUGGUGCACCUUUACUCCGCUUCAGACAUGAGGUGCAAGGCUGUGGACGCUGUGCAAGAAGUUCGGUAGCAAAAAUGUAUCACUCCGCGCGUUCUCUCAGUGCUUCGCUUUGAGCCAGGGAGGUAUUCUGCUGACGCGAGCAUGCAUGUGAGGUUGCCGUGACGGGCUGCAAAUAAAAAAGCCCAGAAGGAAAACGAGGAAAAGCCAAUUGAUCUGAAACAACACUAUAGCAGCCGUAAACCACAGUUUGUUUGUAAUGUUUAAAACUUUCUUUUUUCAUUCGAUAACGAGCCUAUGCACGAACAGUUUAGCACAGCUGCGUUCAAAAAGCGUCGAACUAUUUUUAAGUGCGAACGCGGGCACUGCAAAAAAGCCUCCCUAGCCUCCACAACUUCGCAACUGAUGUCUGAAACGGAGUAAUAUAGCUUUCUUUAUUUCGCAACAACCGUUACAGUGUAUGCGUACAACAUUUAGCGUCCCUGAAUAUCAAAGACACUCUAACCAAGGAGGCUUUAAAGUCAAACCUGAGAGAGACACGUUCAAAAGUCAGUGAGAUCCCUUGAUGAGCAAUGAGUAUUCCCAGGUACAGCGCUUAGAUAAAUAUGAGGUUUAAAUUAUACACAGCGUGUGGAACACAUUUCUACAAUUUAAUUUUCGCGCCUGGAAGAGCUACCGAUGUGCAGCUAAUAAUUGCUGGUCAGGUUAGGUGAAAAUAUCCGCAGGCUAUUCUUCGAUACGUACAAGUAUACCAAGCAUGCAUUCAUUCUUCAGAGCUGUCCAAGCAAAUAGCUAAAUUUUGACACGGAACUAAUAGCUGUUCCACUGUGACUGAUGUUAUCCGGCGUCUAGCUUACGUAGCAGUCGGGUGCUUUUGCUUCUGUUUGUGUUGAUUAUCGGCGAGGGUCGUUUCCAAAAAAAAAAAACAUAUUAUUGACAAACGAAAGGAGAGGCGUUGAUGAAUUAUCGUCUGGAUUGCACUUUCUUGUGCGUAAUAGUAGCAGACGACGCAGUAUGAGAAGGAAAGACUGUGAAAUGUGUAUCACCUGUCAUUUAUGUCACAAAGCAGAGCGAAAAGAGUUUGUGCCGUGCAAGUCGCAGCACCUGCACUCGUUGGUCAAUUGUCAGCGUAUAUAUAGAUGGGAAUGUUGUCGCGGGAGUUGGAAAUGUUGCAGUGUGAUGUGUUUUUUUUUUUUUUUUACGGACAUCGUUUCGUUGUAACCACCGUCUGAUAACUACGUUGUUCGCGAAACAUUUUCGGCUCAAACUCACGCUUCUGCAUUUGCAGACGGCGAAAGAUUGGAUUGCUGUUUGUCGUAAAAUCCUCAGUGGGAGGGAGCCAGUAAGUGCGGUUUACGAAAGCUAAAACGCUUCCAUUUGGAUAAAGCAACUCCGAAUAUAGCCUGCGAGAUUCAGGCAGUGCGUAACGGCGUACGCGGUCUCGAAGGCCAUGUCCGGCAAAUAUGGGAGGAAACAUUCUCAAAUGGGAUGAACACUCACAAACCACUUCGCCGGCCCUUUAAAGUGAUUUUGGGAUAACCCGGAUCCAUCGCCGUUAAGCAGUGACCGUUGAACCUUAGAACCAAGCGGAGUUGUGACGAAGAAAGUUACACAAACGAAAAGUCUAUAGUUCGUGUUCGGACUGACCAGUUUUGUCAUCGUGUAUGAAUUCCAAAUGUUGCUCGCGGUUAUGUUUGUGUGGUGAACAUUUAGCGUAGCUUUUGUUUUGAUCUGAGCGCUGUUGAGCCAUGGUCUGAACGACAAAAAGAGAGAUGUUUAUCAAAAUUGUUCAGAUCAGUGGUUCACAAAUAGCUCAACAUAAUUUUCGCGCGCUCUGGUGGGCGUAGUUGCGUAAGUGCGUGCAGAGAAGAAAAAAAAUAUAUCUCGCCAUACAAGCGUUUCACCCUCGAAUCAGCGUACAAAAUAGUAGCUGGUUGUGUCGAAGAUCUCACCAGGGCUCUUUAAUUAUGCCUCUGCUUAACCAGGUGCCGCGGUUAAAAACUGCAGUAAACACUGGCCCAACAAUCAGGAGCUAACGAAGUUUAGCGUUCCUUGUUGGCUGUAAAACGAAAAAAGCGCUUUCUUCAUUUUGCACUACUUCUAUGCGUGACUUUUUUUUUUUCAAUGGAGUAACAUUGCUGAAAAGAGUACUUUUCAAACCGGAGUUUCGCAAUCGGUGUUAUCAAAGAGCUCUGGAUCUGACGGGCUGAUGUUCGCGACCCAAUCCUUCGACACGAGCCAAGCCAAGGCGACAGGCAAGCCAAGGAGGACCACGUUGCAGACGACAAUUCGCAACGGCCGUCUGCUCAAAGCCUGGAAACUGUCGACUCAGCUAAGACACUUCGUGCUUUCUCUCUCUGGAGUUCUCGAGCCGCGCUCAAACUGCAGACUUGCGCGCACAUGUCUGGCGGUGAAGUGGCUUCUGCGCACAUCCUGCGACGCCCUCGAAGUCGUUAACUGAGUCGGCAGUUUCGAAGCUUCCGGAAACGGCCUUUCAGGGCCCGCCAUUGGUGCUGCCUCAUUUUUUUGUGGGGGUUGUGUGUACGUGCGUGCGUGCGUGCUUGCAUGUGUGUGUGCGCGCGCGUGUUAGUGCGUGCGUGCAUGUGUCUGUGUUUGAAACGGGAAAGGGCUCCAUGUGUGGGUGGGCUUCCCCGUUGCAUUUAAUUAUUCUAUUUGUAUACUUACAAUCCGCGCUCUUUGUUAGACACGCAGGCAAGAAAGUGGGAGGCUCAAAGCGCUGCUCCAACGAGGGCCGUCUGCUUCCGCGCUUUUAUUUGUUCAUCUAUUUGCGGAACUUUCGCUAUGCUCUCCAUUAACAAGUACGCUCACCAGACGAUCGCCUGAGUCGUCUGCUGUGAGUCCUAAGUCGUCUCCUGCAAGCCCUAAGCCGUCUGCUGUGAUUUCUAAGUCGUCUGUCAAUAAGUACUAUCGGCCAUUUUCUUAUAUUCCGAGGUCGUCUGUUGGCAGUCUUUUUUUACCCUUUUCGUCUCACUUUUUGCUUUUGCAUGAUAUCCAGAGCACACGUACUCUUGGUGACGGGCAUAUUGUACAGGUAACGGUUCGAACAAUCUUACCCUGGAGCAGUUUCUCAUUGCAUUGUAUCAGGUUUCAAACGUUGGGUACAAACAGAAGUUUGCUUCUCGACGUUUGCGUCACCUAAGAAAAAAUAAAAUAUACAGUAGUUAUAGGAAUUUUAGGGAAAAAAGAAGUCAAAAUACCACUCUAUAGCUGGCUCUUUGUAUUAGUAAUCGCACAAUUUUCCUUAGACGCGAACAAAGUGAACAUGUAUAGAGCAGGAUGGAAAUGCUUAUUACGACAACCAUAGGUCACGUUAAAUUUUUUUGCACCGCAUUUGCGUUGAACCUGUCUCGAUAAAAUAAGAAAUCGCAACAUGAACGGUUAGUGCGCUUUUCGUACGUGGAGUGUUUUCUGUAACGCCGCUGGUUCGUCGAGUAUUUAAAGUAAUGAAAUGCGUCAAGUCUUUAACGUGGGCGUUGCAGUAAGGUCUUCAACUCUACUAGUACGAAAUCCUGGUGCCUAUCCGAGCACCACUUUCGCUAAAAGACCAGAAAUCUUGCAGCCCCAAAAGCUUACAUGCAUAUGUAUAACAGCGCCAAAAAACACGGACAAGGGAGGACACAGGGCGAGCGCAUCCAGCUAGCUCGCACCCAAACCCUUCUGAAACUUGCAUCGUUAUCUCUCCAGUACACAUACGGAGCCUUAUAAAGGAAGGUAUCUGGGCGGCUCGCAAAAGAAAAUAUUAUUUUUAGACUAAACACAAGAUGUAGAGGAAUAACGAAAUGGUAUCUUCAGUGUUUUGUUGCCUGAUAGUAAAUGCGAAUGCUAUCUCCGUCUUGGACAAAUUAAAUUUUAAUAGGGUCUAAUGCUGGUGCAGUUGUCAAGCGCGAAACUAAGACCACGUAAUUAAUGACGUACAGGUAGCGUUACAUAGAUGAUACGGCUAGCCAAAAUCAUUCCUCGCAAAUGUCUUCGUUAACAGUGAGCAGAUCAUUGGUGAUCUUUAUAAAGAAAACUCAACAUGCGUUGCGAUAAUAAGCACCGCGUGUAAGUUACAGAAAGAAGUGUAACAUUGCGAAAUUUUUACUCCUUUAUAUAGCGGUGUUUGGUUUAUCUAUGCUGGACAUUUUCCUGUUUUUCUCGCAGAAAAAAAAAAGCACUGGUGCACAAAACUUGGGAAUUUCGUUACAAGUCCCCGUCCGCCACCGAUGUUGUUUUUCAUUAAAGUCAAUUUACGGCCACUCACAACAACUCCACAUUUAUCAGCGCUAAACUAUUCGGCGGCACUUUCUGCCGAUCCGAUGUAGUGCACUAAAAGAUAUCAACCCUUGCGCUAACACAGGUGUUGGCAUGAAACUUCUGAUUCGCCUUUGUUAUAAGAAGCAAUAUUAAAGCAGUAACUUCGAUAGAUGACAUCAAGUGCCCUAAUUUGCUACAUGCGAUUACUGCGUUGCCAUUUAUGGCAGUAAAUUUCCGCUUCAAUCGCGAAAGUCGCGGAAUACGCCCUGCCGUCAAAACUGGCUCGAGGAAAACGCAUUCGGUGACUAAGCGAGCUUCUGAAUGCACUAGCGACGCGCCAGUUCCAAAUUGUCACCGCAGUCUUCAGCCGCGGACGUCACAAAGGUCCGCUGACGUCACAAAAGUCCGCUGACGUCACAAAAGUCCGCUGACGUCAUGCUGAUCUCUGCAGAACUCCGUUGGGUGGAACUGAAGUUUAUCAAGCGCUCUGCGGCAUUCAUUUAGUUAACGAUCUGCGCAGUAUCGUUUAUCAUAUCGCUUCGCAGCAUUCGCCCAUUUUGUAUGGGAAUUCACGAAAACAGACACCGACGAAUGCGCACAUCUCGGCCUUAAAGUUUAUCGCCGGUCAAGCCUAAACAUGAGUGGGGACGCAUGACAGUGAAGUGCACACUAAGUGAUUGCCGGCUGUGAUCUGAUAUCCAUUUCGUCUGCUUCGUUAGCAGCCACGACCAGAAUACUUCGCCACGUUCACGCCUGAUCACAAAAAUAGGAACUCGCAGGAUGGCUCUUAGACGUGCAAUUCGAGCGUCGUUCUGUUUUGCGAAAAAAAUUUUGCACUACAUAUAAUGUUUGAGUAUGCAUUCCCCGUGUACUAGCGGGACACUUCAAACCUUGAUGUUAGUCAGGCCUGCUGCAACAACUUACGCCAAAACAAUCACUGGCUUCGACACGCGGUCUCAACUCGGCGUUUUAUACCACGAUUACGGCUGUGCAAUAUGCCUGUUGCAGCAUGCAGUACUCAAACAGAGCGUAUAACUUUCGUACCAGACUCCUUUAAUAAAGCUUUAUUUAAUAAAGCAUUACAUAUUAAAGUAUUAAGCAACUCUGUUUGUUAUAAACCCGCGCAGCAGACGGCCCUCGGAUAGCCUUGUCCCACUUAGCGAGCCUGCGUGACGGAACAGCCAGCUGGUACAAGCUCUACUUGAGAACUCUGUACAUGAGCACACAAACCCAUGUUAUUAUACAGCCCCUCGCUGCUUGCUCAGGGGACACGGUGCAUUCGUUUCGAUGUCGGUUAAUAAAGAUUACUGUCUGUCUUUCGCC